AUGGAAGUCAUUGAUGCUAUUAAGGAACUUGGUGAUGUGAAAGCCCCAGGUCCGGAUGGCUACCCAAUUAUCUUCUUUAAGAAGUGCUGGUCUUUCCUUAAAGAAGAUGUCAUGAAAACCAUUGAUGAGUUCAACACCAAAUGUAAGAUCAAUUCCUUACAUAAUGCUACAUUUAUCUCUUUAGUUCCCAAGAAAAACCAUGUGGAAAGUGUUUUGGAUCUUAGACCAAUCAGUCUUCUCACUAGUAUGUACAAAAUCAUCUCUAAGGUACUCCCUCGUAGAUUGCGAUUCUUAAUGCCUAAGAUCAUUUCCGAGACACAAUCUGCAUAUGUUGACGGGAGGAAAAUACAUGAUAGCAUAUUGAUUGUUAAUGAACUGGUGGAUUCAAAAAUUAAAGAAAAACUGUUGGUAUCAUUUGUAAAAUUGACCUCGAGAAAUCCUUCGAUAAGAUUAACUGGUCGUAUUUACAAUCUUGGUUUAGGAAGAUUGGAUUCAAAGACAAAUGGUGCAACUGGAUUCAUUUCUAUUACUCUACAGCUACAUUCUCGUGCUUUGAAGUGCUUGGAGAUCGUGUCAGGACUUAGAGUUAAUAACUCUAAAACUAGAUUUAUAUGUGUCGGUGAAACACCUCAGUUGGCUUCUUGGGCUCAGAAGAUCGGUUGCCUCACUGAUAAUAUUCCUUUUAUGUACCUGGGACUAGCACUAAGACCAAAAUACAACUCAAAAGCCAUAUGGGAUCCUGUUGUGGAGAAGUUUGACAUCAAAGUUGCUACUUUGCAGAAGACUCACCUAACAAAAGGUGGUACGAUAAUACUCAUUAAACAUGUCCUCUCCAGUCUUGCACUUUACUUUUUCAGUCUUUUUAAAGCUCCUGUUUCUAUUACAAUUUUGUUGGAAAAGAAAAUAAGAGACUUUUUGUGGAACAAUAGUGAUGAUUCAAACAAGAAACAUCUGAACAAUUGGAGUUUGACUUGUACUUCGAUUAACAAAGGUGGUUUGGGAUUCAGAGUUUUAUAA